UCGAGUGGAUAACAAGAAUAGUCCCCCAAUAUACUCUUGAACUUCACUAGCCAAAUAGAAAUAAAAAAUUUAAGUACUUAACAUUUUCAAGAUUCUCCCUUAUUCUUUGUCUCCAAUAUUCAAUCUUUAACAGUUAAAAAUAGUAGAUACGUUCAAACUCAAAUCUUGGGUGUCUUAGUUUCUUGAGUAAGGAGCUAUGACUGAAUGGAAAUUCUCUCAAGUCUUUGGUGAACAAACUCCCGGUGAAUAUAUUCAAGAUUGCGAUAUUUUAUCUGCAAUGGAGUUUGACAAGAAUGGAGAUCAUCUGGCUGUUGGAGAUCAAGGCGGACGUGUCAUGAUUUUUGAGCGUCAUGCUGGUAAAGAAGAUCUCCUUGAGUACAGUUCUCGAACUGACUCUGGUCAAUUCAAUGUUCCACAAAGGCAGCCUCCUGAAUUUCAAUAUAUGACGGAAUUCCAGAGUCAUGAACCCGAGUUUGAUUAUUUGAAGAGUGUGGAAAUUGAAGAGAAGAUUAAUAAAAUCAGAUGGUCUACGAAACUCAACAGAUCAUUAUUUCUUCUUACAGCAAAUGACAGGACGAUAAAACUUUGGAAGAUCAAGGAACAGAAGGUAAAGAAAGUUAAACAAAUGGACGUCAAUUCAUCCGUGACUUCAGAGAAUUCUCUUUUAGCUGAUAGAAGUUACAUGAGCGGACAAAGUGAACUGUUUCAUGCUAAUGGUCGCAGUCUAGAAUGGACUAACAAAGUGAGCGACACAUUGCCAUCACAUCUUGCAGAUAUCACAGAUGUGGCUUCUACAAGAUCCCGAAGAGUGUAUGCAAAUGCUCAUGAUUUCAACAUCAAUUCCAUUUCAAACAAUAGUGAUGGUGAAACAUUCCUCUCUGGAGAUGACCUUAGGAUAAACUUGUGGAACCUUGAGGUCAGAGAUCAGUGUUUCAAUAUCAUUGACAUGAAGCCAAAAGAUAUGGAAGAUCUUACAGAGGUGAUUACAUCAGCAGAAUUCCAUCCAUUUCACUGCAAUUUGUUGGCCUAUAGUAGUUCACGGGGAUUCAUCCGGCUUGUUGACAUGAGGAAGUCCGCACUAUGUGAUCACAAUGUGAAAAUACUGCAAGAUGGGGGGAGCCGUGGCUCUAAAACAUUAUUCAGUGAGAUCAUUGCUUCUAUAUCUGACAUGAAGUAUGCAAUGGAUGGAAGGCAUAUUUUAACUCGGGAUUACAUGACUCUGAAGCUAUGGGACACUCACAUGGAGACUUCCCCAGUUGCAACAUAUAAGAUUCAUGAACACCUCCGCCCUAAGCUUCCUGAGUUGUAUACAAAUGAUGCCAUCUUCGAUAAGUUUGAUUGCUGCCUCAAUGGAGACGGACUUCAAUUUGCAUCUGGAUCUUACAGCGAUCGUCUUCGUGUAUUUUCUUGUGGAACUGGGAAUGAAGAUGGCAUCACACUGGAAGUCAAAAAAGAUCCAAAUAGAAAACCUACCUCUCAAGCUACAUCAAGGCCUCGAAGAUCGUCAUUGAGCAACUUGGCACGAGGAUUUUAUCGCCAAGGACAAGAUCUCAGCUCAGAAAAUGAGAUUACGUGUAACCUGAAGUCCAAGUUGCUGCAUCUGGCUUGGCAUCCAACGCAAAAUUUGAUCGCUUGCUCUGUUGGAAGCAGCGUGUUCAUGUACCAUGCAUAAAGUGCUGUGAAGAGGACUCAGAGUCGUAACCUUCCUGUAAAAAUGAUCUUUUGUCCCUGUCAAUAUACCGCAUUUGAGGUUGGGUAGUCAGCUUUAUCUGAUCUCAACGUUAGCAAUCAAAACAAACAAUUCCUUAAAAAAAAGGAAUUGCAUUACAAGAUAGCAUAUACAGAAUUUGCACUUUCAUAAAUACAUUUUGUUCCCAUGUGAAGGAGAAAGGUGACAAAUUUUUGCUUGA